UGUGACACAGCUUUACAUUAUGUGCUGGUGGUGGUCUAAUAAAUAAACGUGUUAAGCACUGUAGCCUGACUUCUCUCAACGCCAAACAGGCGAGAGGGAGAGAGAGAGAUGUGAAGAUCUAUUACAAAAGGUAGUAUUACAGAUAGAUAGCCUAUAGUUAUCAAGUCGAUUAUCAUUUUUGUAUUAUUCACAGCCCGUGAUCUGGUUCAUUAAAGCGCUCUUAAUCUUUAUAGCACAGUUGGCAUUGUGAAUGCGGAGUCGUCUGCUCUGACUCCUUAUCAUUCCACCUCUCCACCCCCUCUCUUCCUCUUCUUUCUUUCAGUCUCAACGUGUGCUGUGCCCUCAUGAUGCCACGGCGCUCGCUGCUCCGCUCUCCGCGCCGCGGCGCACAUGCUCAGUACCGAUCACUGUGGCAAUCUGUAAUGGCUGCUGGAUGAUGUGAUGCGAGUCCCGGUGCCGCGCCGCGUCGGUAGGAAUGCCACUUCCCUGAGACCGCCAACCACUCCAUUCAUUCCUCCGUCAACAUGGUUGACAUCCGACAGAAGAAUAAAGGUCGGACAUCGUAGUCGCGAGCACUUGCGAGAGUCAUAAUCGUUGCAGUGCUGGUGUGUGAUUGUGCCGGUGAAUUGUGUGUGGUUGGCGGUAGUCAGGAGUGAUGGCUGUGAAGGAGCGGGUGGAGGCGGUGCUGAAUGUGGGCCUGCGGGUCCCCAGUAUCAUGUUACUAGAGGUGCUGUACCGCUGGGAUGUCAGCUCCUUCUUCCAGAAGAUCCAGAGAAGCAGCCUCAACAACAACCCCCUCUUCCAGUACAAGUAUCUGGCCCUCUACCUUCACUAUGUGGGUGCAACUUGUCCAUUGUUGGUGGUGCUACAGUACCCUCAGGACCCCCUGCUGAAUGGCGGAUGGAGUCCAAGUACAGUAGCUCCCACAGGCUACAUUCUGAGUCUGGUUUUGCUCACUCUGCCCCGACAGCACCUGGUGCAGCUCUACCUGUAUGUGCUCACUGCUCUGCUGCUGUUCGCUGGUCACCAGAUCUCAAGGGACUAUGUGCGCAGUGAGCUGGAGUCUGGCUAUGAGGGCCCGCUGUACCUGGAGCCUCUUUCCAUCAACCGCUUCACUACUGCACUCAUCUGCCAGCUGGUGGUGUGUACCUUGUGCUCCUGUGUGAUGCAGACCAAGCGCAUUUGGCUGUUCUCAGCGCACUUGCUCCCUCUGGUGGCCAGGCUGUGCCUGGUUCCUUUGGAGACCAUCGUUUUCGUCAAUCGCUUUGCCAUGAUUUUCACAGGCCUGGAAGUCAUCUACUUUUUGGCCUCCAACCUGCUGGUGCCAUUUAAUCUGGCCAAGACAGCGUACCGGGAGCUUGCACAGGUGGUGGAGGUUUAUGGGUUGCUGGCUCUCGGUAUGUCUCUGUGGAAUCAGUUGGUUCUGCCCGUGUUGUUCAUGUGUUUCUGGCUGGUUCUGUUUGCUCUGCAAAUCUACACAUACUUCAGUACACGAGACCAGCCCACAUCUAGAGAGAGGCUGCUCUUCCUUUUUCUCACAAGUAAAAUAUUCGAUGAACUGUUAGUAAAUGUUAAAUGUUUGAUUGAUUUGAAUCUCAUGAAGGUGCUGGGCACACUGCUGAUCUACGUGCUCUUCAUGGUGGAGGAGCUCCGCAAGGCUCCGGUGGAGAACAUGGAUGAUGUCAUCUACUGGGACAUGACGUCAGCAGUGAUCACCCCCUGCAGUCACCUAUUCCAUGCCGGCUGCUUGAAGAAGUGGUUGUAUGUGCAGGAGACCUGCCCUCUUUGCCACAACCAGCUAAAAGGCUCAUCACAACCUGGCUCUUCAACACAGGACGCCCUGCCACAAGAGCCCCCAAUACAGCCAGCAGGUGAUCUGGACCCUUCAACGCAUCCAGAGUCAGAUUCAACCCUCCAGGUUCCCCAGCAAGACGACACCCCUCUCACUUCAGCGUCAGACCUUACGGCUGGGCUGAAAGACGGCGGUGACACUACUGCCUGCUUCUCCCAGUCCUAA